CGCAACUCCGUCGAUCUGCGAUUUGUUACUGAGGUCACGAGCUGGGGUAAUCGGGUUUGCGUAAACUUUGACCUUUCACCUUCGCACAACCCCGGAUGUGACUAGUGCAGUGUCGCUUUGUUCCAGUACGAAAGACGCAAUUUUUACGGUACUUCCAGACAACACGGACGAGAAAAGCGAUGGCUGAUCCCAGUUCGGAAGGUCUACGUCCUUGCCACCCUGGGAACGAGACUGAAGAUCUUGGUCCUAGCCACCCUGGGGACGAGACUGAAGGUCUGCUCACUGGCCACCCUGGGAACGAGACCAUCAGCAGGGAGGGCCAGACAGCAGACGCGGGCCGGCAGCAGGACUGGGAAGAAGCAGCUUCAUGCCAGGAAACGUUUCAUGGGAAGGUUAGGAAAACUGGCUCGUCGUCACAUCAACGGGUGGAAAGUCGCAUGCCUGAAGUCAAUACUGAGAAACCCUUCAUGUGUGGGGAGUGUGGGUUCAGGACAGCAAAGAAGUCUCACCUAUCCCAACACAUGCGAACUCAUACUGGUGAAAAGCCCUACAAGUGUGACCAGUGUGACUAUUCUGCUGCACGGAAAUCCCAUUUGGACCGACAUCUUACAAAACACACCGGUGAGAAACCCUACAUGUGUGGGGAGUGUGGGUACAGGACAGCUCGCAAGUCUCAUUUGUCCAGACAUAUGAAAACCCACAUAGGAAAGAAACCCUACAAGUGUGACCAGUGUGACUAUUCUGCAACACAGAAAUAUCAUUUGGACAGUCAUCUAUUGAAACACACCGGUGAAAAGCCCUACAUGUGUGGGGAGUGUGGGUACAGGACAGCUGACAGGUCUCACUUAUCCCGGCAUAUGCGAACUCAUACCGGAGAAAAACCCUACAAGUGUGACCAGUGUGACUAUUCUGCUGCAGAAAAAUGCGCUUUGGUCCGACAUCUAACAAAACACACUGGAGAGAAGCCCUUCGUGUGUAGGGAGUGUGGGUUCAGAACAGCUCUGAAAUUUACUUUAUUAAACCAUAUGAGAACUCAUACUGGUGAGAAACCCUACAAAUGUGACCAGUGCGACUAUUCUGCAGCAAGUAAAUCCACUUUGGAUGACCACAUAACAAAACACACUGGUGAGAAACCCUACAUGUGUGGGGAGUGUGGGUACAGGACAGCGAAGAAGUCUCACCUAUUGAAACACAUGAGAACUCACACAGGGGAAAAACCCUACAAGUGUGACCAGUGUGACUAUUCUGCUACAUGUAAGUCCAACUUGGACAGACAUCUAGCCAAACACACCGGUGAGAAACCCUACAUGUGUGGGGAGUGUGGGUACAGGGCAGCUCACAAGUCAGACCUAUCCAUGCACAUGCGAACUCAUACAGGAGAAAAACCCUACAAGUGUCACCAGUGUGACUAUGUGGCAGCACGGAAAUCACACUUGGACCAACAUGUAUUGAGACACACUAGAGAGAAACCCUUCAAGUUCAAGUGUGACCAGUGUGACUAUUCUGCAACAAGGAAAUCUUCCUUAGAGGACCACCUUGGAUAACAUACCCUGGAGAAACCCUACAUCUGUGAUAAAUGCGGGUUCAGGGCAGCUACAAUUUAAGGAUGAACUGUCCGUACAUAUCAAAACUCACGCCACAUAAAACCCUACAAGUAUGACCAGUGCGACUAUUCUGCCUCACAGAAAGCCCCUUGGACAUCCAUGUAACAAAACACACUUGCGAGAAGCCCUACAUGUGUGGGAAGGGUGGGUAUGGGGCAAAAAACAAAUCAGAGCAAUAUGACUGUUUCGCAGCACAAAAUCCCGUUGAUAUUUCCAUUUAGAAAAAUAUGUUAGUAACAUCUGACAUUUGUUACUAAUUUUUGUUUUGUUCUGAUGUACAUUAUAGGGUCCGAUUGUCCUGAAAAGUGUACCCUUCUGCAACGCCCGAAAGAUGAAAAUUGUAGUCUUCCAACAUGCUUCCCAGCCCCGGAGCAUGUUUCAUAGUUAAGCUGUAGGUUCGUAUUGUUCUUGGAGCAAAAUCUUAAUAUGUUGUUAAGAACAGUUGUGACCUCUUAUCUGAUUAAGAAUAGACGUGUUAGAAGAUAUUUAUAUCAGUACAGGCUUUAUUUUAUGUCUUUAUUAGCAUGUAUCUAGAAUAUAACAUAAUGUCAUUUUUUCAAUGUUUCUGUCUCGAUGAACUAUUUGAUUAUCCAGUAUUAGCACUAACACAUGUUUUUGACACGUUAAAGUUUGGGUGAAUAUGUGUCCACUAUUAAAUGUACAACUUGUACACGAAUUGUUGUAUUCUAUGAUGUAAUUCAGUUAGCAAUAAGUAUAUGCAGCUGUAUGUGGGCAGUUUUCUGUUAGUUUUAACAGUAAUCGGCUUUAUGACUGAAA